GAGGCGCGGGUAUUGUGCGUGUGGUGACGUGCCGCGGUCCAGCCAGGGAAGCGGGGUUAUGUCGCGACGGGAGGAGGAGGAGAGCGCCGAGCUGCGCCAUAAGGAGGAGCUGAGUCGGAGGAUUAAAGAACAGAAGGUUGUGGUUGAUGAGCUUUCUAAUUUAAAGAAGAACAGGAAAGUUUAUAGGCAGCAACCCAAUAGCAACAUAUUCUUCCUUGUAGACCGAACAGAAACACUGUCUCAGUGCAAAAAUACAUUAGAUCAAUUAAAGAAAGCACAUCAAGAGUUGGAAAAUUCAGAGAAGACUAAAGUCAAGAAAUAGUCCAUCUGAAUCGCCAUG